AUGGGUAUCUGUGUAUAUUAUCCUAUCGGCCGCUGUGUAGCUGGAGAUCAAUGCCAUAACAAGCAUACAGGUCCUUAUCAGCCUUUCCCUUGUAAGAACUACAUCUUCCAUGGUACAUGCAAGUGGGGAUUGGAGUGUCGAUUCGGACACCCAGCUUCCAUUCCUGCAGAGAACCCUGAGCCUAGUCGUCCUGUCUGCAAGAACUUUCUUUCAAGACGUGGAUGUAAGUAUGGUUCGAAGUGUCUUAGUCACCACCCCGUUCCGACAGAAAAGGUAGCUUCUAGUGCUACUUCAGCUCUUAAACAAUCUCAGUCUACCACUGCUACACCAGCAGCUUUGAAGACCGCAAAAUCUACCAAUAUCAAGUUAUCAAAGGCAAAACCUACCAAUACAAAAGUUGCUCCUUUGAUGAACUUUCGCUCUGCUCGAGUUCUUCCGAAGAAACCUCAAGUCGCCCCCACUACAACAAAUGUUCCAAAGGACGAAGGUUCUACCAACACCCAAUUAUCUAAGGAAAAGUCUGCUAGUACAUCUGCUACCCCAUCAAAGGAGUCUAGUUCUACUCCAGCUCUUCUACAAGCUCAAGUCACUAUGGACACACAGGCUAUUUCGAGCACCGCAGAUGCUGUGGACAAGGAUCCUUCUUAUAAAGACCCUACUCACAAGAUUCCUGCUCCGUCAAUUGAUUCAGGUCCUUAUGAGAUCGCUCUAUCACCCAUUAAGCUUACAUCUGUUUCAAAUAGUACGAGUGAUACUGGAGCUACCAACACUGGUUCUUCUAACGAUCAGCCAGAUGGCACAAUUACAACUCCGUCGAUGAGUUCUGAUUCUACCCCCGGAACUCCAUCUUUCCAAGUACUCACACCUGCUUCUACUAGCAUUGGUAAUGCGGAUGAUAUUGGCUAUGUAUCUUCAAGCGAUAUCAUGCUAAUGAGCGAUAGUUCCGAGUUGGUACGAUCUGCAACUCGAAGCCCAUCACCUACUGAUGAUUCGCAUGAUACUUCAAUGUCUACUGUCCCAGAUGACCCGUCUACUCCAGUCAAGCCAGUUCCAGUUGACUCAAAACCAAGUCCAGCUGAUAGCACAGACGCUACUAAGCCGUCCGACGUUCUAGUAUGUGGAUCAAUUACACCGUUGUUUACUGCACCAGAUUUCAUAAAUGCUCGGCAAGUAUCUGCAGUUAAACCUCCUGGUUUAGUUAUUCCAAACCACCUAUUCGACCAGUCUGUUGAUGAAGCACCUAUCAAUGGCAUAGACAACACUAUGCCACCUAAUAUUCCUGUCGAGGCAUCAAAUGCUUCAUCCUAUACAGUACCGACCGAAUCUUCUGUCGACUCUGAACAAGCAUUUGUGGUUCAAUCUACCGAUCUAGUUCUAUCACCAAACGAGUUAUCCAACCAGACGACCACAACAGCACCCGUAGAGGAAACCCAAAUUUCUGUAAUGGAGCAUGUGUCUACAGACUAUCGAUCGGCUAUGAAUAAGCUAUCUCGUGUAGUCGUAGACUGGUCAGCCACAUUAGAACCCUCCAAUCUUGAGUUGUCAGGACCUGGCAUAUACGAGCGCCAUAUUAGCCACACUGAAGUCCUAGUUACAUGGCCCCAAGAGUGGAAUGUACCAGCCAUCGACAUGAUCAACACUCUCAUUCAUCUUGCAUCAACCUGGGGAGAGCUUUCCACAUAUCAGCCCAUUCAUCGCAACAUGGGUUCGUGGCAUUCCCUCCAGAUCAGAUUUCGACACCGCCACGAGGCUGCUGCUGCUGCCACCGCAAUUAACGGACAUUUGAUUACCGCGGUUGGUGCAUGUAUGAGUAUUCCUGUAACAGUUAGUCAUCAAAUUGCAGUGCAAUACAUGAUACCCCGCUACAUCAUCGAUUCACUCGGUCGCCAGAACCAAGGAAACCUUCAUCAGAUCUUCGGACAGAAUUCUUGCCAGCUUCAUUGGGGCGAAUCGUACCGUGCUGAUUAUUCUGGCGAGAAGCUUAUGGAGGUAACAAUCAUGGGUAUAUGCGAGGAACAAGUUGCGCAAUGCAAGGCAGUUCUUGAGGAUCUUCUUAGAGGCAGAGUCUUGACUCAUGAGGAAGGUGAUAAUAGACCUCUUUGGCACAAAUUUUUCAAGACAGAGGAGGGAACAAAGUGGAUUGCUGAAACGACGACUAAUAUCUUUGAUAUGAAGGUUCGGGCGGCAAAGCUUGCUAAUUUAGAUAUCUUGAUGGUUUAUGGAUCGAGUGAGUGGUCAAGAGCUCGAUUUGGAGCACUUGUUAAGAAGAAGAUUGUGGAGUUGGAGAAGACUGCUGCAGUUACGGCUGUUGUUGUGGAAGAGUUAAGAUUGAUGAGAUUGAGGGUUAAGGGUUAA